AUGGACGAGCUCGUUCAGAAAUCCAUCCAGCAGGCUGGAGUGCUGAAGAAGCCAUCGCUACUGACUCCAUGGAUAUCUGAUGAACCAUGGCCGCAACCAUACUACACAUGGGACGCGGAGAGCGAAGUCUGGCAGCCCAUCAUCAAGCCAGCCGCAUCUCCCGCCGACCAUCCAGCUCCGUUUUCCGCCAUCACCACGGUGGCCCUGUACAGCUGGAACAUCGACUUCAUGCUACCAUUCGCCGAGGCACGAAUGAGUGCUGCAUUGACUCACCUCGAGGAACUCACCAAACAGCUGCCGUCCACUACGGCCGUUGCCAUCAACCUCCAGGAAUGCCACCCCUCCGACCUCAUCAACAUCAGCCAGAAGAAAUGGGUCCGAGAGAGCUUCUACAUGACCGACUUGGACACCUCCGCCUGGGCAUCGGGCUUGUGCGGCACAACCAUGCUUGUUGACAGACGCUUGGGCAUUGCCUCGUGUUUCCGAGUCCACUACUCGGCGACGCAAAUGGAGCGGGACGCUCUCUUUAUCGACAUCACGGUGCCAGAAACCCGCAACAAGAUUCGACUAGGCAACACCCACCUUGAAUCACUGGCUCUCGAUCCGCCCAUGCGUCCCUCGCAGAUGCGUCUUGCCGCGGCGCACCUGCACGCCGACGAGGAACUAGCGGGCGCCAUCAUCGCCGGCGACUUCAACGCCAUCCAGCCCUUUGACGCCUCCCUCCACGCGGACAACAACCUCAAGGACGCCUACCUCGAGCUCGGCGGCCAGGAGGGCGGCGAGGACGGCUUCACCUGGGGCCAGCAGGCGCUGCCGGCCUUGCGCCAUCGCUUCGGCUGUUCGCGGAUGGACAAGGCGUACUUUUGCGGCAGCGGCAUCCAGUUGCAAGGCCUCGAGAGGUUCGGGGCCGACGUCGAGGUCGACCAGGGCCAGAAGAGGCAGAGGGAUGGAUUGCUGGCCCUCGGCUUCGAGAAGGCUUGGGUUACCGACCACCUGGGCAUCAAGGCCACAUUUGGCAUUGUAAACGAUACUCCUUUGUGA